AUGAAAGGAGCGUUUAAGAAUGCAACGGCGACAUCAGUUGAAGGAAAUAGCAAGCUUUGUGGGGGCAUACCUGAGUUUCAUUUGCCGAAGUGCAAACUCCAGCAUGCCAAAAAGGAAGGAUUGAACUUAACCAUGAAAUUGGUUCUCUCCCUCGUUUGUGGGAUUCUUCGAGUCUUUUUUGCACUAACCUUUUUGUACCUUUAUUGCUCACGGAGGGACAAAAAGGGUCAAGCUGCAAGUGAUUCGGACAAAUUUCCCCAGUUGUCUUACCAAAGUCUUCUAAAGGCAACAAAUGGAUUCUCCUCAACCAAAUUGGUCGGUAUGGGCAGUUUUAGGUCCGUUUAUAAAGGACUACUUAAGCAAGGUGAAACUCCAGUUGCCAUCAAGGUACUCAACCUCGUUCAUUGCGGAGCUUACAAAAGUUUUAUCUCUGAGUGCGAGGCUUUCAAAAAUAUUAGACACCGUAAUCUUGUCAAGGUACUUUCGGCAUAUAAUGGUUUUGAUUAUCGCAGUCAUGACUUCAAGGCCUUAAUAUAUGAGUUCAUGGUUAACAGGAGCUUGGAGGAAUGGCUGUAUCCAAUUCAUACAAUUGGUGAGACAAAUGAGAGGCCAAGGAUCUUAACAAUUUCUCAGAGGUUGAACAUUGUUAUUGAUGUUGCUAUGGCAUUGGAUUAUCUCCAUCAUCAUUGUGAGACGCCAAUAGUUCAUUGCAACCUCAAACCCAGCAAUAUUCUUCUCAAUGAGGACAUGGUUGCACAUGUAGGUGACUUCGGGUUGGUGACGUUCCUACCAAAAGCUGCUGAAAAUUCUUCGGGAAAUCAAUCAAGUUCUUUAGGGAUAAGGGGAACUAUUGGUUAUGUUAAAAGUACAACACCAGCCUAA